AUGAUGGCCUUGGUCCGGAAUCGCAGGGCUCAUUAUGUCAUGAGCAUAGUUAUUAGAUGGUUUCACUGCUUUUCCUCCUCCUUGAGGGGGACCUUUGGCACACGCUGGGAGGCCAUGAAAGCCAAGGCCACCGAGCUGCGGGUCUGCUGCGCGCGUAGGAAGCGAGAAGCUCGGGAAUCCGAGCCCCCGCAAAUGCGCGGGUCCACGAGACUUAACAUUUCAGAUGAUUUAAAGAUUGGCUUUUUCAGCACAGACCAUGCCACUCAAACCGAUUCCAGUGAAAUACUGUCAGUAAAAGAAUUGAGUUCAUCUACACAAAAGUUAGCACAGAUGAUGAAAUCCCUCCAGGUAGAUUUUGGGUUCCUCAAACAAUUGCUUCAGUUGAAGUUUGAGGACCGACUGAAAGAGGAAUCUUUGAGUCUUUUCACCAUUCUGCAUGACAGGAUUCUAGAAAUUGAAAAGCAUUAUCAACAGAAUGAGGAUAAGAUGAGAAAAUCCUUCAAUCAGCAGUUAGCUGAUGCCAUAGCUGUUAUCAAAGGAAUGUACCAGCAAUUCUUUGAGGUAGAAGAAGAGAAUGUUUAUUUGCAAGAUGCGAGUAGUGUCAAAACAAAUAUUUUGUUAAGAAAACUGAAAGAGAAAGAAGAAGUUAUUAAAGAAUUAAAAGAAGAACUAGACCAAUAUGAAGAUUUUGGAUUUCACAAAAUGGAAUCUUUUGCCGAAGAAACCAGCUCUCCAAAAUCAAACCUAGAAAAGGAAAAUUUGGAGUACAAAGUGGAAAAUGAGAGGCUGCUUCAGAUCAUUUCAGAGCUUGAAGAAGAAAUCCAGAUCAAUCUAAAAGAAAAUUCAGGAUUAGAAGAUGAACUUAUAAGUAUGAAAGAGAUGGCAGAAAAGGAUCACAAAACUAUUCAAAAGUUAAUGGAUAGUAGAGACAGAUUAAGAGAAGAGCUUCAUUAUGAAAAAUCAUUAGUUCAGGAUGUGAUUAAUAAACAGAAAGAGGACAAGGAAAUGAGAAAAAAGUAUGGCAGCUUAAGUGUAAAGGCUGUAAGAUCAGCCACGGGGAGAGAAGCCUCUUUGUCCCCACGGCCCAAGUCUCCACCCAGCACCACAGCUUCGAGGCCACAUUCUGCGACCAUGAGUGUAUCAUCUGCUGGGGCCAAGAAAGCCAAGACACCAAAGAAGGCUUUAAAGGAAGACCAAGCUGUGAUAAGCUAUGCAACACCUAUUGGGACACAUGAAGAAGAAAAGAAGAUGAAAAUAUCAGGAUCUAAGGUUGAAGACAAACAUGGUUUGGAGUCUCAAAUAGAAGCAUUAAAGACAAAUUUAGAGAAUGAGAAAAAGAAGGUGGAAAGGUUUAGGAGGGAAGCAGAUCGACUAAAUAAAAGCUGGGAAAAGAGAUUCUUUAUUCUCAGGAACAGCUUUCAUGUCCUUAAGAAUGAGAUGUUUACAAGGCACACACUGUUUCGUCAGUUUGCAGUGCUUGCUGACACAUCCUUCAAUUAUAUUAAAGUAAAACCCUUAUUAGUGCAGUCUAGAACGACCAUGACAGGUACAUCCUCUUCAAGUCAUUGUACAUCUUCAAGAGACAGUAAGCAUGUGGAUGUAGUCAGUGAUCAGGCAUCCCUUCAACUUUCACCAAAAGGGAAGUUGUCAGAAUCCCCAAAAGAAGAGUCCUUGGAGGAGCCAUCCAUGCGCUGGAGCAGCCCCGCAGACUGUUGAUUAACCGAGCAGAAGCCUGGGCUGCGCAGACGGGGCCUCAGAAAGAGUGGCCUCGCCGUCCUGGUGUAAGGUGCCUCCCUCGCAAAGGAUACUAUCUCCAAGGAUUUUCUAAACUAAUUGUUUAAUCUCUCCAGAUUAUGUACAUUAACCAGCACUGCGCUCGAAUAGACCUCAAUGCGCGCCUUGUCCGCGCUCCUUUCCACGCCUUUAAGGAAAGCCCUGGCUGGUGCGGGGUGAGCGGGGCGCACUGAACCUGCAGGGCAACCACAUCCAUUCAGGCGCUCCGGGGACUCAGAAGAGCCCAGGCGUCUAAGAAUGGGAAGGAACGGACUUUAAUUAAAAAGUUUGACUCCCUCUCUAA